AAAUACAAAAUAAAAUCGUUUCAAGACAGGUUAAAUUCAUCUAAACUUUGAAUUAUCUUUCUCUCUACUCUCUUUCUAUUUUGGUUUGUAGUUGGAGAAUUAAGCUAGGGUUUCAUAGCAGAUACCGCCAUGCCUUUAACCAUAACCCACAAUUUCUCUUGGAAGCAGACUCUCCCAUACGAUUCACUCAAAGUUUUACUACCCAAAUCGAGUAGGGAGUAUAGAUUUUGCACAACAGCUUUUGCCAGACAGAAAUCGGUGAAAAAGUUGAGAAAGAAUGGACAAUCGCCAAAUGGGACGAUUUUGAAAACUACCCAAAAGAGUUUAGAAAUAGAUGAAAGCAAGGUUUUAACAAAUGGGUCUUCUUUAGAGGAUAAUAAUAAUGUUAAUUCUAUGGAGAAUUCAGUCAAUUUCCCUUCAAGAAGUGAUGUGCUUCAGGCUUGCAUUGUCACUUCUGGGUUGAUAGCUGCUUUUGGUGUAGUAAUUCGACAGGUAUCUCAUGUUGCAUCAGUUGAAGGAUUGCCUAUCCUUGAUUGCUCUACAGCAGUUUCAUUUGAUAUUGAGAUGUGGCAUAUUGAGUUGAUUGCAGGAUUGGUUAUACUGAUAUCAUCAUGCCGAUACUUGCUAGUGAAGACAUGGCCAGAUUUUGCCGAAUCUACAGAAGCUGCCAAUCAGCAGGUCCUUACAUCACUUCAACCUUUGGAUUACAUCGUAAUUUCAUUUUUGCCAGGGAUUAGUGAGGAGCUCCUUUUCCGUGGCGGAUUGCUACCUCUUUUUGGAAUGGAUUGGAAGAGUGCUUUGGCAGUUGGUUCUGUAUUUGGCAUUCUGCACUUGGGCAGCGGUCGAAAGUACUCUUUUGCUCUCUGGGCAACUUUUGUUGGAGUAUUAUAUGGCUAUGCUACCAUUCUAUCAUCGAGCAUCAUUGUGCCAAUGGCUUCUCAUGCAUUGAACAAUCUUGUUGGAGGGAUCUUGUGGCGAACCACGUCAAAGUCCUCAAAUUCGCUGAAGUAGAUAUUAUAUGGUCUGAACCACAGGUAAAAGGUCUAGGUCUAUUGCCUUUUGGUUGGAGUAUCAACUCAUUUUGCAACGGUAAGCCAUGCUGCAUAUGCAAUUCAGGAAACCCACUCCGUUGCAUCCAAUGUUGUCCACAAGGAUGUAAGCCUUUAUGGAGAUAACUAUACAUACAUGUUGUCUCUCUAUAUGACCUUUUUUUUUUAUGAAUAAAAGGCAGCAAUAAAAAUUACUAUUUCUCA